AUGAAGGAGAUUCCCAGCAGCAAGAAAGUUGAUGCGGCAAUUAUACAGGUUGGAGAGAAUCUACGUGGAAAAUCUUUUGAAGAAUGGAAGACAUUAUCAGAAAAAGAAGAUCCACUCGUCAUCACAAGAUAUGACGAUACGCCACUCUCAAAGGCACUAUUUUUUAGUUACAUGAUGUUGCCUCAGCUUCUAAAGCCAUUCUUUAUGUAUAUGGGUGUGUUCCCAAAACAUUAUGGGAUUUCUCGAUCAAAGCUCAUCAAAUUAUGGGUCUCUGAGGGCUUUCUGGGGACAGACCCGGGGAUUGAAGAAAUUACUGGAAACGCCUUGGAUCUAUGUCAAUUCGUACUAGAUGCACUUGCGCUCCGCUUCUACGAGUUCCCACAUCAACUACUUGCGUUAGUUCACUUGACGCACCUUUCCAUCACGUGUGACAGAGAGCUCCCCAACUCCAUCUCCACACUUUCAAACCUUGAGGUAUUGAUUUUCAUUCGCUAUCAUAACAUCAAAUUUUCGAAUAAUGGUCCAGUUUGUCUGCCUAUAGAUAUCUGGAACAUGCAUAAACUGAGGCAACUUUAUUGCGAGGGCUUCGACCUCCCACCUCCUCUAGAUAAUUCUCAUCUUGAGAAUCUUUUAACAAUUUCGGGUGUGAGUGCUCACAGUUGUAUCACAGAGGUGCUUUCAAGAAUCCCCAAUUUGAACAGAAUAGCCGUUCAGAUUGAGUCGGCACACGACUCAACCGAAACCUUCAAUUUUUUCGGUCACUUUGCCUCUGUCUAUGAGGAAUUUGAGUCAUUCAAAUGUGUCGUUGUAAAUCCUAAUCUGAGCUCUCAAAUUGUUCGUUCAGUUCCGAACAUUCCUAUGAACAUUAGGAAGAUAAGCCUGAGUGGAUGUGGAUUGCCUUGGGAGAAUAUGCAAGUGAUUGCUUCAUUACCGAAUCUUAGAGUGCUCAAACUGCGAUGGUAUGCCUUUUGCGGCCCUCUGUGGAAAACCAGCACAGGACAGUUCCCCAGUCUGGAGUUCUUGUUGCUGGAAGACUUGGAUAUAGAGAACUUGGAACUUGACAUUCCAUACUUAAGGUGGGUGAUUGUUAGGCAUUGUUAUAAAUUGGAAAACAUCUCGAAUCAAUUCAAGAAUACUGGACUACUAGAGGUAGAUGAUUGCAACCCAUCCUUUAUGAAGAAAAUGCGCGAGUGUCGACCCUUUUUGGGUGCAGAAGCUAAAGUAGGUUCUUCAAGUACGGAUCUAUAA